AUGGCUGGAUACGCAUCUCGGUUGCAAUCACAAUCCGAGUUUCUGUUCAAAGAUGAGAAGGUAGCUGUGGACUUCCUCGAUUAUCGCGAACUGGACAAUCAUUUCGUAUUUCCUUUCGGUCUGAAGGAAGAAGCACAAGACUUUCACUUCAGUGGCUUGAAAGCAGAGUACCGGUUAGCGUCUUAUGACAGGGCGUGUGUGCUACCAGACCUAGGCCGCUCGGGCAGAGAUCUUCGCUUCAGCUAUAAUCUGAGAUCCGUGGAACCGACGCCAUCUCGAUCAACAGAACCUUGGUCCAUCCGCCAGUGCGCUGUAUACCAUACCUUCGACGUGGAAAAUGGGAAAAUGCUCUGGAUCAUCGUCAAGGCAAACAAAGAAAUCCAGAAGCGCGUGAGUGAAGUGUCCGACGAGUCAACACAAAGCGGCAACCCCCUCAAGUGUCGCAGCAAUGCGUUUGCGGCCGCCCUACAAACACAUCUGUUGUUGUGCAAUUGGUCCGGAGAGAACUGGCGGUGGUAUAUCAAUUAUCUCGAAGAUAAAUUGCAAGCUUUGACAAGAGGUGUGUCGGCCCUCGAGGUCGAGAGGAAGCCAUCCCCGCUGUCAUCGCCAAAGAUCACGAGCCCAAAAACCAGCGUAGGCCCGUUUGCCAGCUUGUCACGAUCUCACACAUUGCGUCCGAUUCUGACAGGACAAGCCUGGACACGGUCAAACACACUGCGAGAAAGUCCACAGACAUAUACACGCACCACUACGACUACCUUUGAUAACCAGCCUUGCAGUGUUUGGGCGUCAGCACAGAGAGCAAGCACUUCGCCCGAUGCGAAACGUUGGAAAUCGGCCGUGAAUGAUCUCCGUAGAUUGCUAACACGGCCCUUGCGAUCCAACACAGUCAACAGUAACUCAACUUUCGGAGACGAGAAGACGCUACUAGCAUCCCCCGAAACAACGGUAUCGCCAGAGCUACCCUCUGUGUCUUCCGAUGGAGGAGCAGACAAAGAUGACAAGUUCACUUUCAAGAACCUUCAAUCUAUACAGCAUAUUGAGGAGAAGGCACAAGAAGCCAUGCUUGUGCUCAAGCUGAACACUGAAGUUCUUGAGCAACUGAGAUUGCACUACGAUGAAGUUGCAGAGCAUGCCGAGUUUCCUCAAGAAUUGAAGGAUGGCUGCAAGGCUAAUCUUCAUCGGUUCAACAAGGGUAUAAUUGGAGUAGAGAAAGACAUGCACAUGCUGCAGUCAAGAACCGAGACGCUGCUGCACCUUCUGGCUAAUCGGAAGAACUUAAUGAGCGGUAUACUACAGCACCGAAGCUCUAAAGCCAGCGAGUUCUACGCUAAAGAGUCUCGAGAAUCCGCGGCCCGCAUGGAGAUAAUGACUGUGAAGAUGCAAGAUCUUGCCAUGAAGACGAAACAGGAAACUGUCUCUAUGAGGGUCAUCACCACCGUGACCCUCUUCUUUCUUCCAGCAACCUUCAUCGCCACGUUCAUGAGCACUGACAUUCUUAACUUCGAACAUGGUAAACAAGACCUGCAAAUGCAAGGUCUCCGACUAUAUCUCAUGAUUGCUCUUCCUGCGACAGCUUUGACCUUUGUCGCAUGGUACUUCAUAUAUUACUUCGCCAGAAGGGAAGCUCGGUCGAACGAUCAGUCCGAAGCAGUUGGGGAGGCCUGA